GUCGGAAUUGAUUUGGGAACGUCAUACUCUUGUGUUGGCGUUUGGCAAAAUGAUAGAGUUAAAAUUAUUGCAAAUGACCAGGGUAAUCGUACUACACCAUCAUAUGUCGCUUUCACUAAUACAGUAAUUCUUAUUGGAGAUGCGGCCAAAAAUCAAGCUUCGAUGAAUCCACAAAAUACUGUGUUUAGUGUUCAUCGUCUCAUUGGUCGUAAUUUCAAUGAUCAAGAUGUCCAAUCUGAUAUGAAGUAUUGGCCGUUCAAAGUCCUAAACAAGAAUGGUAAACCGGUUAUCAAUGUAGAAUACAAAGGGAAAAGAAAAUAUUUUACACCAGAAGAAAUUUUAUCUAUGAUAUUAAUAAAAAUGAAAGAAAUCGCAGAAGCAUUUCUUGGUACACAAGUAAAAAAUGCUGUAAUUACAGUUCCAGCUUGCUUUAAUGAUUCUCAGCGUCGAGCUGUAAAAGAUGCUGGUUUGAUUGCGGGUUUGAAUGUACUCCGUAUUAUUAUUGGAUCAACUGCAGCAGCUAUGGCUUACGGAUUGGAUAAGAAAACUACUGGAGAACGAAAUGUUCUCGUCUUUGAUUUGGGUGGUGGUACUUACAAUGUCUCUCUUUUAACUAUUGAAGAGGGAGUUUUUAAAGUAAAAGCCGUUGCUGGUGAUAAUCAUCUUGGUGGUGAAGAUUUUGACAAUCGUCUUGUAAAUCAUUUUGUACAAGAAUUCAAAAGAAAAUUUAAAAAAGAUAUUUCAUCGAAUGCACGUGCUGUCCGUCGUUUAAGAACAGCAUGUGAACGUGCGAAACGUACACUUUCAACAUCAAUAAAAGCUUCCAUUGAAAUUGAUUCUCUUUAUGAAGGUAUUGACUUCUAUACCUCUUUGACGCGUUCCAGAUUUGAAGAAUUAAAUCAAGAUCUAUUUCGUUCUAUAAUGGAACCUGUUGAGAAAGCACUUCGGGAUAGUAAAAUUGACAAAAGUCAAGUCCAUGAAAUUGUUUUAGUUGGUUGUUCAACUUAUAUUCCUGAGAUUCAAAGACUAGUAUCUGAAUUCUUUAAUGGUAAAAAACCAAACAAAUCUAUCAAUCCUGCUGAAGCCGCAGCCUAUGGUGUCGCCGUACAAGCUUAUAUUUUAUCUGGUGGUGAUCCCACUAAUGAAAAAGGAAUAUUAUUGAAGGAAGAAAUCGAACGGAUGGGUUUGAAUUAA